AACAGAACAACUCAAGAUGACUUGUGAUUCCUGUUCUACAUGGGAGCCAGUCUGGAUUGUCCCUGCAGAACGCUACAGCUUCCUUCCCUCUUUAGUGUUCUUGGCUUGUGGAAUCGUAAACCUCGGAGGAACCUUGGAUGGAAAUACUGACACAAAUUUAAGAACUUUGAUGCUUUCAGACUUUGAAUUUUGAUUUGUUAAAUGACCAGGAAUAAGAUACUGCCUGAACAAGAUGAAAUGCCUUGAAGACCUUUGGUUCUGCUCUCAUUUCUCCUGAAGCAAUGGUUUUCUCAGCAAUGUUGACAUUGGCCCACUCUGGGACCUCAAAUGCUACUUUUAUUGUUUAUGAAAAUGCAUAUACGAAUUUUACCACUCCACAAUUCUUGCUUCGUAGUGGCACAACACAGCCGUCGAGAUAUGGUUCAGGUGCUGUACUCACCACCGAGAGAAGUACUUUUCUGGUAAAUGCUACAGCUGUCCUGCCUUCACAAGAAGUUUUCAGGAGCUUGAGUUUGCCAUUCCAGAUCAUUCUUUCUGCUGCUAUGAUAUUUAUCCUAUUGGUUUCUUUCCUUGGAAACUUUGUUGUUUGCCUCAUGGUCUACCAGAAGGCAGCUAUGAGAUCUGCAAUUAAUAUUCUCUUAGCAAGCCUGGCUUUUGCAGACAUGCUUCUGGCAGUGCUGAACAUGCCUUUUGCUCUGGUAACAAUCAUUACCACUCAGUGGAUUUUUGGGGAUAUAUUCUGCAGAGUCUCUGCCAUGUUCUUCUGGCUUUUUGUCAUAGAGGGGGUAGCCAUUCUUCUUAUUAUUAGUAUCGACCGAUUUCUUAUCAUAGUUCAGAGGCAAGAUAAACUGAACCCUUACCGUGCAAAGAUUCUCAUUGUGCUUUCUUGGGCGGCAUCUUUUGUUGUUGCUUUUCCGUUAUCAGUAGGGAAUCCUAAUCUGCAGAUACCCUCAAGAGCACCUCAGUGUGUCUUUGGCUACUCGACAAGCCCAGGUUACCGAGCCUAUGUGGUAGUUAUCUUGCUAAUUUCUUUUUUUAUUCCAUUCCUGGUAAUGCUGUAUUCUUUUAUGGGCAUACUCAACACCGUCCGCCACAAUGCAGUUCGUAUCCAUAGCCACCCUGAUAGCAUAUGCCUCAGCCAGGCCAGCAAACUUGGUCUCAUGAGCUUACAGAGACCUUUUCAGAUGAAUAUUGAUAUGAGCUUUAAAACUCGUGCCUUCACAACCAUCUUGAUUUUGUUCCUAGUCUUCAUAGUCUGUUGGGCACCCUUCACCACUUACAGCCUUAUAGCCACAUUCAACAGCCACUUCUACUACAAGCACAACUUCUUUGAGAUAAGCACUUGGCUCCUUUGGCUCUGCUACCUCAAGUCUGCACUGAACCCACUGAUAUACUACUGGAGGAUUAAGAAGUUUCAUGAUGCAUGCUUGGACUUGAUGCCCAAAUACUUCAAGUUUUUGCCACAGCUACCUGGCCAUACAAGACGGCGCAUUCGACCAAGUGCCAUCUAUGUGUGUGGGGAGCAUCGGUCAGUAGUGUGAAGCUGCAGUUAUUUGACAAUGAUUGUUAUUUUCUGGGUUUGUUUUAGGCUUUAGGUUGAAUUUUAUUUUGUUUAAUAUGGCUUUUUCAGUGUGGCCAUAUCUUAUAACCUACUUAAUUUUCCCAGUAAUUAGUGCAAUUUUGGGAGGUAAGCUAGAGGGAGGGAAAGUGGUUAGUUACAGUUGGGUUUACUACCAGAAUACAAUGUAAACAAAAUAACAAAUGUUACCUCUAGGAUUCCAUGGAAAUCCAUUCUUUUAAAUGAAAAAUACAUUUGUAACAUUUUGUCAGGUUUAGGCUUACUAGGCCUGCAAUUGCAUCUAAUUGUAGGGACUUUUUUUUAUGCUGCUAAGAUACAGUGUAUUUAGUUAGUGUAAUUUCUCUGAAAAAUGUUGCUGCUGUCUGCCAAUACAUUGGAGCCAA